UAUAAAGGACAAUACAAACAAAAAUUCAGUUAUUUACAAUUAUAAUCAAUAUCAUUACUGCAUAAUAUGUACUAUAUACAAUUUCUUGAUAUUCCUCAAAGUUUCAAAAGAAAAGGUCAUGUCAUUCUAACUAAUUCUUUUUAAUAUUUCUUCUUAUGGCAAGGAUCAUUAACGGAUCAAAAAUCUUACGUUAUUCUUCGUUUGAUCGUGAACUUUAUGAUUUAUAAUACUACGAAGAGAAAUAUGUCUUAUCUUUUGGAGAUUUGGAUAGUGGUAUACAUGAUAGUGAAAAUAAACGGGUACGAGUAUCUUUAGAGUUGAUCUUAUUUAAAUUUGACGCAAUAGAAGAAACACAUAACCUUUAAUUGGAAGAAAACGUACGCAUGCGAGGGAGUUCCUUGAAGUUUUGUAUCAAUCACACAAACUAUGACGGCGGUUUGGGAGCGAAUGCGAAAUCCAUGUGGAUGGAAAGGAGGUGCUAAACAAAUAUCCGUUGAUGCUAUGAUACCGCUUUUUGCGGUACCUCUUUUGGCAAUAAUAGCCGCCCAGUCAAUUCUUUGUACCAUCAUAAUAUUUCUUGCUACACCAAUUCUGGUUUAUUAUUUGCAUCAUAAUUUCUUAAGGUUUCUCUUAAGAACAAAAUUUUUUCUCAUGUGGACGAUCACGAGCGUGUUGAUGCUAAUGAUAGUUUUUGAAGUCAGUGUUGUGCCAUUACUUGAGAUUUUACCAGGCGAGAAUUUAUUUUUCAUAAUAUGCGUUGCCGGAGGCAUAUGUUGCGGCUCUAAGACAAGACUGAAUGCGGAUCGUAUUGCUCAGGAAGGUGCUACAGAGCAAGGUUUAGAGCUUGGAGAAGGAAGCGGAGAGUUAUGUGUAACUUGUAGAAGAAGAGCACCACCUAAAGCUUAUCACUGCCGAAUGUGUCAAACAUGUAUACUUAAUAGAGAGUAUCAUUGUAAAUGGUUGGACUGUUGCAUUGGUUCUAGUAACUUACGAUGGUAUUUAGGAUGCUUACUAUUUUCAGCAAUAGCUUUUAUUUAUGGCUCUAAUCUGACUAUGACAAGCGUUUGCCAUCCUUUUAUUUUAAUUGGUACAGUGCUCUUACCGGAUGACUGCAGUGAUGUUUAUCAUCAAUUAGACAUCGCUCUCUGCUUCAUCUCAGCAGUCUACAGUUUGCUUGUUGGCCUAGUAGUAUUUUGUUAUUUAAUUCAUCAUCUAUGGCUAAUUUAUCUUGGAACAACAUCGAACGAACGUCGUUUACGAACACCUAGAAAUCAAUAUGAUCAUGGAAUUUUAAAAAAUGUAUCACGGUUAUUUUGUUGCAAAACUUAGAUACGAAUAAUAGGUAGUCUAGGAUAUUGUAUUUACUUUGUACAGAAUAUAUUUUGUCGUCAAGAGAAUAAAAUGAUUAUAUAAAACUA